UUCCGGUAUUCGAGGUUCAACAUUUUCUGUUUGGUAAAUAUUGUCCUUUUGGCAAAUAGUGGUUGAUUUACCAUGGCAACAAGAGGACGACGUGGGAGACCAGUGUUGAACCCAGGAUUUGGAAAAGAAGAUACAAAGAAUGGAUCUACUAUACACCCUACAAUCCUAAAACAAGCGAGAAAAAGUGGACAGUUGAAUCUGUCUGGUCGUAGUCUUGCUACAGUCCCUGAUGCAGUGUGGAGCCUCUAUGCAGAUGUGUCUGAGGAAAGUAAAGAUGUCUCUCUGGACAAUUCUGAGGACAGGUGGUGGGACUCGGCUGAGUUGACUAAACUCAUCCUAGCUUCAAACUGGCUCACUUCACUUGCUGAAGGGCUGAGUAACUUCGGAGCUCUGACUGUCCUAGAUUUACAUGAUAACCGGUUGGAGUCCCUUCCUGAGGCACUUGGAGGCUUAAAAAAUCUCCAGAAGCUUGACAUAAGCCGAAACAAAAUGUUUGAAUUACCAGAAUGUGUCACGAAGGCUGUGAGUUUGAGGACUCUUCAUAUGGCUCACAACCAGGUCGCACGGAUAGAUGAACGCAUUGGCAAUCUCAACAAUCUUGAAGAUCUGGAUGUGUCCAACAACCAGCUACAAGCACUGCCUCGGAGAAUAGGGCACCUGUCCAGACUAAGCAAAUUCAAUGCCUCUAAUAAUAAAAUACAGAGACUACCACCAGACGUUGGUGCAAUGUUUGGCCUGCGAUACUGUGACCUCACACAUAAUCAGCUUGGAGAGCUACCAAACAACCUAGGCCACCUGCUGUAUCUAGAACAACUAUAUGUGCGACACAACCACCUUGCUGACAUCCCCUUACUCACCCAGUGUAGUAAGCUCAAGGAGUUGCAUCUUGGUAACAACCGUAUCCAACAAAUAACAAUGGCCCACCUAGAAUGCCUCAAGUCUGUGACAGUGUUAGAUCUACGCGACAACCAACUGACUGUACUCCCAGAAGCAAUCACUCUUCUAGAAGGGCUAGAGAGACUAGAUCUCUCCAAUAACAACCUUAUUGGGCUUCCUUUCACAUUGGGUUUAAUUGUAUCUUUGAAAUCCAUCGUCCUGGAUGGAAACCCAAUGAAGUCCAUAAGACGGGAUAUCAUUAUGAGAGGAACAAUGGAGCUGAAGAAGUAUCUGCAUAAUCGUAUAGAUGAACCUAAACCACCACCAAUCAGCUCCCAGGGUCUGGAGUCUACAGAGGGUCAGUCAGGACUCAUAGGGGGCACAGGUGAUGGGGUCAGCGCCCAUGACAUGCACACUUCCAAAUUAUUGGACUACAGUGGGAAGCAAGCCACAGACGUACCACUAGAUGUAUGGGCUGUAGCAGAAAAGUCUGGAGUCAUGACAGUUGACAUCAGUAAAAACAAGUUUUCAGACUUACCCAACAAUCUUAUGCUGCUACAGGACACUCUGAAAGUACUUAACCUUGGUUUCAACUGCUUUACGACACUUCACCAAGACAUCAGCCUUUUUAUGAACCUUGUGUCUCUAGAUCUCAGGAACAAUUCUUUAUCAGCGCUGCCUGCCGAUAUGGAAUCUCUGGAAAACAUGAGAGAUAUCUUCUUGUCCUGCAAUAGAUUUACAAGUAUCCCUCCGGUGCUUUUUGAAUUGAAGAAGCUGGAGAUACUGUUUAUAGAUAACUGUAAAGUAGACACUAUCGAUGCAGGUGGUCUUUGCUCACUACCAAGGAUUGGAACGCUAGACCUGCAGAACAACAAUAUAUCACAAGUUCCUCCUGAACUCGGCAAUUGUACCCAACUGAAGAGUUUGCUUAUUGGUGGGAAUUCCUUCCGAAACCCUAGACCAGCAGUACUAGCUAAAGGAACCCUGGCACUGUUGGAAUACCUCCGUAACAAAAUAGUUACAUGAUCUUAUCAUUGUUAUUGUCUUUUGACAUUUAUCGUUUUCUGAGCUUUUGAUCAUGAGUGAAAAUGAACUUGUCAAGAGGGAAGAAAUGAUUACAAACGUUAGUUCCCUACUAAUAUGUUCAGUCAAACAGAAUCUUGUAAAUACAACUUUGAACCUUUGAAGAUGCUAGUUUUCAAGAACUUUUUUCACUGAUGUAGAAGGUUGCAAAAAAUUUACUAUCAUUUAUUUUUCAUAACAUCAUUUGUCAAUGUUGUAGAGCUGGAGAAAGAUUUUAGCAUUUUCAUAAGUACCUGUAGUACAAACUACAAAAUCAGUCAUUGUUUUGAAUCAUUUUCACAAAGUUACAUAUCUGGACCAAACUUUAUUAUGUUACUAAGCAAAACAUAUUUUAAUGUGCUUUGAACAAUAAGAGUUCUCAAUUUAUGGAUUUUUAGCUAACCUACCCAAUAGGGCUAAGUGAGCUUAUGAAUAUUUCUGCAUGGUGCAGCAUCCAUCCCAAGUCUUUAGGUCAAAGUCUUUCUGUAUCAAAUCAUAUUUUGACUUCUUCCCGAAAUACACAGAACAGAUUUCAAUAAAAUUUUGCAGGAAGGUUCUGUGGUCAAAAGCAAUAAAACCAAAAUUGUAAAAUACAUUAGACGGGGAAAUUGAACAUGUUAUGUAUCUAAAUAAUUUCGCAUUUUUUUUUUUACCUUAACUAGCUAUACAUGUAUAUAUGUAUAUUUAUAUAGAAAUAAAACAACUCUUUA